AUGUGUCUGUACAAAGUUUAUUCAAAUUUAGAGGAACUUGGGUCAUGCUUCAAUGGUGAUGGUCGACUAACUGUUUUUAACACUUCAAUAGGCGUUUAUUUUUGCUACUACUUGAGAAAGCUGCAUAUUGCAGAAUUUGAAGUAGCAGAAAAUCUAUGUGAAGAGAACCACGCACAUAUAGUUUCUGUGAAAGACGCUGUCGAAGAAGAAUUUUUAAAAGCAACCUUCCUGCAGGAAGUAACGCCAAAUGGUUCAGAAUUUUGGUUACUGCUCGGUUUGCAACUUAACAACAGUAUUCCGCGAUGGACUGACGGUUCUGGAAUAUCGUUUAUUGCAAACCGUCUGCAACUAUAUUCUCAUCAAUAUCAAAGCAACUGUUUUGCUUUGGUACGAAUUCUAACGAAUUCGGGCUUCUCAGAUAACUAUGUAUCAAUAUCAUGCGACGAAAUUCCGAUAAAAGAAGUUUUGUGCAAAGCUGAUAUAAGAACUCUGGUCUUGUCAAGGAAAUCAAGAACGUUGCAAGGAAAACUUCCUCUUGCUGCAUUGAAAAAAAUACCGGAUUACGAGUUCCUCGAAAAUUAUUUUUCAACGGGACCACUAAUGGAAGCAGUCACAGAAUCUUCAUUUAUGGGUGGGGACCAUAAAUCAGACACAAACGAUGAAGAAACGGAGCCAAAAUGUGAUAUAUUAAGAGUCAUUGAGGAUCUUAAUUACUUAGUAUACUCUGAACGAGAAACAAUAGCAGCUUCAGGAGGUUCUGCAAAGAGCCAAAGUGAAAGUCUACCACUUUUACCCGGUUGUGCUGAACAUUUGCUUAAGUUGGUUGAAGCGGCAUAUGAAGAAGAAUUUAGAAAGGUAUCAAGCUGUGUCCUAUUUUCUGCAGCUGUGAAAUUCGGUGAAAUUCGGUUUUUUAUUGGUAAUUGGUUGGAUGAUUUUAAUGGGCUAACAUUUAUACCGUUCCUGGGACUUAUAGUCACAAUUCUCGUUGUUAUAAUAAUGGCCAUUCAAAUGUGCACUCGAGACAGAAAAACGCCUUUAAGUGAAGACUCAUACUGUGUACCGAGCAUUCAAAGUUCUCCUUCUGAAGCAGUUGAUACUCCUUCGAACAAGUUUCAGGUUCGAUGCGAUCAGACAAGAUAUGCUUUGGUUGCUACCCGAGACAGCGAAUAA